GUGAGCGCGUGACCGUUUGCCUGUCAGAUUUUGGUAUUUUAAGCGACGUGUUUACAUAUCAGGGUGACGCUGCGAAGAAUCAAAGCGCCUUUCAUUCCUUUUCAAGAAGAACAUGUCGAGACUCAGCCCUUCGGAUCCUAGUUCAUACUCCAGACCAGAACAGGUUGUGGUGGUAUCAAUAGACCUGAAAUGGGAUGUAGACUUCUCCAGCAAAGUCAUCUCAGGCUUUGCCACUUUGACAGUGGAACGGAAGCAGGACGAAGCUCAGCACCUUAUUCUGGAUGCUCGUGACUUGAGCAUAAAAGCAGUGAGGGAUGAGGAGACAGGUCAGGUCCUGCAGUACACACUUGGUGACUCUCACCCGAACUUUGGAUCCGAAUUCAAGAUCAACCUGCCAUCAGACACCAAGAAAAAGUACAAGGUGCAGAUUGAGUAUGAAGUGUCCCCCAAAAGCUCUGCACUUCAGUGGUUAGAUCCAGAACAAACAGCAGGGAAAAAACAUCCAUAUCUCUUCUCACAGUGCCAGGCCAUACACUGCAGGUCUUUGGUGCCAUGUCAGGAUACACCAGCAGUAAAGGCAACAUACACAGCAGAAGUGAAAGCCCCAAGCGAAUUGGUGGUGCUUAUGAGUGCGCUACGAGAUGGCCACAAGGAGGAAGGAAAUGGGACUGUUUUCAG